UCUCCGCUGGGUCCCUCGGCUGGGUCCGAAUGCCUCCCGGAUGCCCAGCUAAGACCAGCCAACCUCUUUUGUUCUGCAGCGGCCGGGCUGAGAGGCUUCCCAUCAGACGCUCAUCUCUUCCCUACCUGCUGCCGGCCCAUUGAAACCCUCCACUGCCGCAGAUCACAAUGCAAAACAGCGAUGUCCCUGUAGCUGAUUGCACUCUUGUUCCUGGUGCCCAAUGGAGCCAUCUCACAGGUGGCAUGUCAGCAGGGGUGAUGGGCAUCCAGCGGAGCUGCAGGCAGAGACUCGGGUAUUGGUGCCAGGAGAGAGUAGUUGGCCGAGACUGGAAAACCAUGGUGGCAACAGGCUUGAGAACCAGGUGAUAGAAAGUUGCCCUCCAGCGCCUUGGGACCACUAUACGCAGGCCCCACUCAGCAGUGAUGUCUCGCAGCACCAAGUGGCUACAGAAGACAGGCCGCCUGAGAUCUACAGCAUUGCUCUGUGGGGUCCCAAGCUGCAUUCUGCACUGACUAGACACAGGGGAGGAAGGUCAAACGCACAAGCCUCUACUCUAAACUCAAAGCAACUGGGUACAUCAGGAGGAGAUGCCACUGACGAGGGAUCCCUGGUGCUGAUUGAUGCAGAAGGGGUGCCCCACACUGUGUCACGAGAGGAAGUGGAGCUGGCUGGACAAAUGCAGUCUUCGGAGCCCGAGUUGCUGGCUUCCGCUCCACCACCACGACAGCUGUAUUUCUGCCCCAUUUGCCUGCGGACUUUCCUCUACCAGUCUGACCUGGAGCGCCACAGCAUCACCCACUCAGAGAGCAAGCCAUACAUAUGCCGUGAGUGUGGCAAGGCCUUCAAGCGUUCCUCCCACCUUCAGCGGCACAAGCACAUCCACACUGGAACAAACAAAAUCUUCGUGGACAGGAUGAGAGUCAGCUUACAGACGUCCUUUCGAAAAACUGAGGAAUAAAGGCAAUACAGGAUGAAAUAAUCUGCAUCCAGGCAUUCCUUCCUUGUAAAGAAGUCUUUUCUCUGCAGCUGGAUCUUUACACAAACUUUGAAUUCACUGAAAUCAAUCAAAAUCACUUUUAUAUAACUCUUUUCAUCCAAUCCAGAAUGAUAGUAUUCAGGCAAAAAAUGAGCAAGGCAGUUAUGUUAGCACUUCAGUGGAAGCACUAAUUUACAUUGUCAUGUCUCAUCCUAAAGAGAUCUGAAAGAUUAUCCUUUGAGGAAAAUGUUACCGAAGGUAUUAUGAAUUCCUAAUCUAGCCCUUUCACAGAAUUGUACUUCCAAGGUUCCUUGAAGGGAAACAGGAAGCUAUUUGUAAUUCAAAGCUGUCAUAAACUGCGAGAUUCUCAAUGUUUCAUUGAAAAUAAUAUUUACAUUUUAUGUAAUGGGGAAACAUUGGGGUUUUAUUUGCUGAAUAAUAUUCGCAGUCAAAAUUUUGAGAAUCUCACAGCUUAUGGCAGCUUUGCUUUACAAAUAGCUCCCUAUUCCCCUUCAAAAAAAACCUGGAAAUCUUCUCUAUAAUGUUAAAUUUUAAAGUCAAGCAGAUUAAAAGGAAGCCAGGGGCUAUAAGUUUACAUGGACAUUCUUUGAUAUGAAAAAAUUGAAAAAUAAGGGCUGUCUGGCUAUUUCAGAUAAUUGCUGUCACUGGUCCAAUCAUGAAGUAACAGUAAAGAAAUAAAAAUGGUGAUGGAAGUGUCUUGACUUUGGUCAAAACAUACUUAUGGCUUCCUGGACCAAAUGUAUGUUUGAUAAUGCCGUUUCCAUGAGACUAAGUGCAUGCUGCUCAUGACAAGAGGUUGUUGCAUUGUGUCUCUAAGUGUAGGAUCUCAGUCUUUCUGAGGGAAGAGUUGGACUCUUCUAUUAAAAGCAUUAGGCUUUUGAUACAAGCAAAAGAUAAUUUCUGCAAAAUAGAAACAAGAAUAUACUGAAUCACAAAACCUGUACGUAAUGAAUAUGUGUUUGGUAAUGCAAGUAUUGGUCUGCAAUAUUUUUCUAAAGGGUAGGUUCUUCUCCUUCUAUGGCUUGCAUUUCAUACUCUCAAAUCCACCCAUGCACAAUAUUGAGCAGCAAACAUUCUUGUAUAUAAGGUCAGACAUAUAUUGUCUGUAAUAUUUGAUUAGAAAUAGCUGUCAUUGUCUGCUACUAUUCUUUGUGGGCAAUCCUACUUACAGCCUGAAUCUCUGUUUUAUCCAUAGAUGUGUGUUGUUCGUGCCAAUGCUUUUUCCUUUUUAGUAAGUUUUUAUUUGCACCUAAACAGUAAUAUAUGCAGGAAGAACUUGA